AUGACGCCACCGCCUAUUUCCUCAGUUUACAGCCAAGUACCUUACAGCUACUCUACAGAAACGUCGUUGCAUGGCUGGGCUAACAUUACAUGGUUAUGGUGGUGGAUUCCAGCGGCAGUGGCACUAGUGCCCCUUGUAUUCUUUCUGCGGUAUUUCAGUAACCGUCCUGAUGGAAUUCGUGAUAUUGAAAGCGGAUUAGUACAGAAUGAAGUUAAUCAGCCGGCGCUGGAAGUGGCAGCUGCACCUACCAAGCCAGGGCUAACAGGUCAGGCCUUAGAAGAAGCAUUCCCGACCUUUGCUCAUGGGAAAAUCGUGGAUAGAUGUGAGUGUGGAGUUUGUUUAGAGGAAUUCAAAGAAGGAGACAAGUGCAGGAUGCUUCUUCAUUCUUGCAGCCAUAUGUUCCAUGACGCUUGCAUUGAUCCAUGGCUUUCUAAGGACAAUACCUGCCCAAUUUGUCGUGUCGUUUUGUUCUAG